AUGGAAUCCCCGGGCGCUUCUGUUAGCGGAGGCCAAGGAGAAUCGCUGGCCGGGCCCCGGGGUUCUCAGAGGGCAGCGGCGGCGCAGGCGCUCCCGCAGCCCCCUUUCCGGGGCUAUUUCUACUCGGAGGGCGGAACCUUUGCACCUCCUGCAGAGCCGACUGAACGCAUGAGCCGCACUUCUUCUACAGAGCGAAGGAGGCACGACUGGGCAAACCACACAUGCAGUGACCAUAGCAACGGAGACGGGGCGGGCCGUAGCCAAGUGAACCUGGCUCGGGCAGAGGCUACGGAAAUCGGGGACAGGAGCGGCGGCGGCGGAGGGAGAGGCCCAGACCCGCGCCGUUUUCCUGUGCAGGGUGGCUCCGGCGGCGGCGGCGGCGGAGGAGGGGAAGGAGACGAGGGGUUGUGA